AUGACACUGAAUCUGAUUCGGUAUGCAUUUCCUUCGCUGGAACCUAUGGGCUUUUUACACAUUCCGCGACCAUUUUUGACGGAACCUCUCCGACGCGAUAUUUUACAGAAAGCUGUUGUCUUUGAGGCCAAUCGUGACCGUGCAGGCACUGCAAAUACGAAAUCUCGGUCAGAAAUAAAUUGUUCUGGAAAAAAAUUACGACCUCAAAAAGGUACAGGAAGAGCUCGUUUAGGCGAUGCUUCAAGCCCAAUGCUUCGAGGAGGAGCCGUGGCUCAUGGUCCAAAGCCUAGGGACUUUACAACAAAAAUGCCGACGAAGAUAUUUAGCAAAGCAAUGAGAGUUGCUCUUAGCGAACGAUUUCGACAAAAUGAAUUGCUGGUACUAGACUCACCACUACAUACGGAACAACUUACUUCAAAGCUGCUAAACGCAUUUGUAAAGCUUCAUGACCUUGGUGCUCCAUAUGGACGAACCCUCUUCAUCCUGGAUGACUUGUCCUACUCCACUUCUGCUGCAACAAAUAAACGAUUUAUCGAGGCAACUACCAGUUUGGGACGGCAUUGCGAAUUUCUACCUGCCUCCCAAUUGCAAAUUAGGCACGCAUUAAAAUUCGGAAAGCUUGCGAUAGAGCACAAAGCAUUUUCAACACUUUACCAAUUGUAUCACGAUCCUUGCUACCUUCUCCCACACCUUGCAACUGCCUCUGUCUCGACCUCCGAUAUCAGUGGAUGUAGUUGA